UUUAGUGGGAGAUGCAGACAGAAAGCAAGUAAAGUAAAUAAAUAGCAGUUGCAACACACACACACACACUUCAUAUGCCUUUUCCCCCAGUUAUUUUUCUCUUCAGUAUUUAACACUAACAUAACAUGUUUUCUAUUUUGAUUUUAUUUAAUCACGCUCUCACUGGAAUAUAAGAUCCAUGCGUGCAAGGGAUUUUGUUUCUUCACUGCUGUGAAACCUGCUCCUAGACCAGUGCCUGGUACAUAGUAAAUAUAUGUUUAAUGAAUGAAUACAUAAUGAUGUGAUGAAUAAGCAAAUAGGGUACCUUCUAGAGAAUGAGAAGGGGGUGGUUCAGGGAGGGCUCUGAGGGCAGAUGACGUUGAAGCAAGGCCUGAGGGUGAGGAGUGUCAUCCAGGCAGAGGCAACAACAUGUCAACGCCUGGCUUCUUAGACUGAAAAGGUAGAGGCUGAGAGAAGAUGUGAACCUGGCCUUUAAAAUUCAUGACUGACGUGGCCAGCUUCUCUACUAAUUUCCAAAAUACUAGGGAAAGUGGGAUUAGUAAAACAUGGAGAAAGUAAAUUUAAGGCAAAGAAGGCUAAAUAACCCUCACACUGUACAGCAGUUUACAGUCAAUAGGGCUCCUUCACUUACCUCACUUUAUCUCUGAAAUACCUUUUGGGAGUAAGAAGUCAGCAUAAAGAGGGAAUCAGAUCUCAUUCACUCUUAAUACAAACCUGGUAAAUAACAUGCAAGAAAAAUGGGUUGACCUGAUGUGACACCAAGCUAGGCUGCAAGCUCUGUGAAGGUAGAGCCCCUGUUUUAUUAACCUCUGCUGUAUCCCAGCACCUAGCACUGCGCCUGGCUCCCAGACCUUAUAUGUAAACUGAGUACUCACCACUCACCUGAGCCUUGCAUAUGCCAGGCCUGUGCUUGGUGGUAGAAUACAGAAAGAAUAAGAUAACUGCUUGCCCUCAAGGGGUUCUCAACCUGCUAAACCUUCCUGAAAUCAUAGAACCAGCAGUAGAACCAGGUUUUCUUUUCUCUAAAGAGCAGCCUUUCCUCUAUAAGAGAAAGAUUUAUUGCACACAGAGGAACUACCCUUCUAAAACCAAUGAUAGUAAGUAGUAAGAGAAUUUGGACAAGUUCUGAUCAGAAGAACACUGGGCACCACACAAGGAGAUUGGAUUGUAUCUUGUAGGCAGUGAGGAGCUAUUGAAGCUUGCUAAGCAGGGGACUGUUGUGAUCAGAGCUGGUGGGAGGUGUGCUGAUUGAUGGUGUAGGGGGAGACUGGAAGCACAUCGUUUGGGCCCAUGGGAAGCUCCAGUGUAAAUGGGUGUGGAAAGCAGGAAAAGUGGGAAAGAUCUUAAAGGUUAGGGCUCCUGGGAAGUGAUUGGUAACCAAGAAACAGGACUUCACUGUCUUCUAGUAGGUGUGGUGGUUUGCUCCUCUGCUUUUGCACAGACUUGGCGCACACCUUGAUUCUAGCACUUUAUGCACGAAUGAAGCUACUGCCCUUGGGAAGCUCCAGGGUGCCUAUAAAAUUCCGUGGCAGUUUGGCAAGUUGGGUCCCUGUUCUGUGCCAGCCCAGUGCCAGGCACUGGGAAUUGGAGAUGAAGACACUCUCCUCUGCCCUCUAGAGCAUGAAAUCCAGGGAGAAAGAGCAGCCUGGAGUCUUAAGAGACCAGGCUGGCAAGGGAGGAGGACCUGGGCCUACUCUGGGAAGAGCACCCAGUUGCCCACACCUCCUGCCUGACCAAGGCCCACUGACAAUGGACAAGGGGGAGGAAGACGACGACGAGGAAGCCUGGCUGCAGCUUCGGCCGGUGGAGCCCCUGCCCUCCCAGUGCUGCGGCAGUGGCUGCUCACCCUGCGUGUUUGACCUCUACCAGCGAGACCUAGCAAGUUGGGAGGCAGCCCGAGCCAGCAAGGACAGGAGCCUGCUGAGUGGAGAAGAGACACAGAGCUGUCCCUCCAAGCUGAGCCCAGAGACCUUCCUAGCCUUCUGCAUCAGUGCCACGGACAGACUCACUAAGGACACCUACCUUGUCCGGUUUGCAUUACCUGGGAACAGCCGGCUCAGCUUGCGGCCUGGCCAGCACCUCAUCCUACGAGGGAUAGUAGAUGGCUUAGAAAUUCAGAGAGCCUAUACGCCCAUCAGCCCUGCCAACGCAAAAGGAUACUUUGAAGUUUUAAUCAAGUGCUACCAGACAGGGCUGAUGUCCCAGUAUGUGGAGUCCUGGAAAGCAGGAGACACAGCUUUCUGGCGAGGACCUUUCGGAGGCUUCUUCUAUAAACCAAACCAGUAUGGUGAGCUCCUCAUGCUGGCUGCUGGCACUGGCCUGGCCCCCAUGGUGCCCAUCCUGCAGAGCAUCACAGACAACGCAGAGGAUGAGACCUUCAUCACCCUGGUGGGCUGCUUCAAGACCUUUGAGGGCAUCUACCUGAAAACCUUCCUCCGGGAGCAGGCUCGUUUCUGGAAUGUCCGCACCUUCUUUGUACUCAGCCAGAUGAGGAAACUGACGCUCAGAGGUGAAGGCACCAGCUGGUGUCGUGCUGCCAGACAGGGUGAAGCCAGGAUACGAACCCGAGACUGUCUGCUUCCAGAGCGCCAGCUCUCACCCACCAUGGUUUGCUGCCUGCCAUCCACCCUCUGGCAUCCUCUGUUGUAUGGGCGGGGGGCCUGGUUGUAGAAUCAGUGGGCCAGGCACAGACGUCCUCUGGCUGUGAUAGCUCCUUGAGGCAGGGACCACGUGUCUGGAUCACCCCGCUUUCAGUGCUUUGCACAGCACCAGGCAUGGAGUAGGCACUUACCCGGGCAAUGGCUGGUGGAGUAAACCGGGUCCAGUUCACUGCAUUUGUUAGGGUCUUUUCCACAUCACUUUGUUCCCACCUGCUUUCAAACAAAGCUGCUUUCAAAUCCUCCAAGUUACAACCACUCUAGCUGGAAGCGGCUUUGCCUUCUGAGCCCUCUUCCCUCUGGUUCCCCAUCCCCUCCAUUCAUUCAAGCCGCCCCUCUGGGCCCUCCCCACAGGGCCGCAGCGUGGAGGGCUGUCUUGCCCCUUACCUCAAGCCAGGCCCUCAGCUGUCUUUGUUCACUGGCCUUCGCCUAGUCUGUAGCUUUAUCUCUCUUUCCUGCACGCCCUGGGUUGAGGUUCCCUGCUGGUGCCUCCCCUCCAUUCUCUUGGUCAGGGUCAGCCUCAUUACCCUGUACUUUGGAGCACCCUUGUCAUCAAUUUCCUCUUGAGACAGCUUUAGAGUGUCCCUAAAGACUUACAUGAUCCUCGACAUUGUGGCUGGGUGGGGGAGGGUGUCAGGAAACCAGAGGUCCUGAGGUCCCCGGGGCCAGAGUCCACAGGCCUGUGCACGGGGCAGAAUGCUCUGUGGCGUGAACACCGAGAGGGUCGUGCUUGGUGAACAUUAGCAGCGACAGCAGCGCCCAAGGUCAGGGAUGAAGCAGAGGGCUAAGGUCCAGCCGAGGGGAGAGGGGCGAGGGAAGGGCCACUCCUGCCGGGAGCACGCUCAGCCCUGCCUAAGAGCUGGUCGGGGAAGGUGGCAGGAAGGCAGGCACCUGGCAGAAUUGCCCUGGCGGUUGGCCAGCCUUCCUUUCCCCCACCACGUGCCAGGUGCCAGGGAUUUAAAAACGAAAAUGGGACUUCCCUGGCGGUCCAGUGGUUAAGGUUCUGUGCUUCCACUGCAGGGGACGGGGGUUCAAUACCUGGUCAGGGAACUAAGAUCCCACAUGCCACACAGGGUGGCCAAAAAAAAUUUUUUUAAUAAAUAAAUAAAAAUAAAAAUGAAGAUGACCUCUUACUGCCCUCCAGGUGCUCAUCUAUAUGUGUGGAGACAGCCACGGAGAUGGCUGACAAGGGUUCCCCUUCAUCGAGCACCUUCUCUAUGCCUAGCACUGUUCUAAGCACUUCAUGUGUACUAACUCAUUUAAUCCCCACCACCAUCUUAGGAGGCUUAUACUGCCAUCAUGUCCUUUUAAUAGAUGUGGAAACUGAGACACAGAGAGGUUAAGAAGCUUGCCCAAGGUAACACAGCAAGUUGGUGGCGAGGCCAUGCUCUUAUUGCUUGUCAGUGUAAGACAGCACAGGGAUAGGUGCUGUGGAGGGUGUUCAGGGUGCUGGAGGCAAGCAGAGAGGGCUUCACAGAGGAGAUGGCAUUGGAGCCCGGGCUUGAGGGCAGAGUUAAAGUUCACCAGCAAUAGGGGACCUUCUACCCUGGGCCGGGGCUUUGAUGAGGCCAGUGCCCUGGGGUUGGGCAGGCGAGUGGGCUGGCUGUCAAUAGCUGGGGAAGGUGAGGGAUGGUGGAGUGAGAGGUGCCUCCUGCCUGUCCAUGCUUCCUCCACUCCGGGUGCUGCCUGGGCCAUAGCGACAGCAUCAUCAAGGAUCUCCCUGCUCCAGCCACUCCUUGACGAUUUGUCCUUCAUCCUGCAGCCGGAAGGGCAGCUCUGACCACAUCACUGCCCUGCUUCCUGUCCUUCCCUAGCUCCCCACUGCUCUCAAGGCUAUGUGCCAGCCCUCCAUGGCCUCGCCUUCCGGCCCACUCCGGCUGCAUGCUGCGUUCUGGUGUCACCGGUCUGCCUGUGGUCGCAAGUGCUCUGUGCUUUUCUGGCUCCUGGGUCUUUGCUCGUAUGGUUCCCCCUGCCAGGCACACUUUUUCCCACUUCUUCACCUAACGCCCACUCAUCCCUCGCAUCUCUCUGCUAAGGUGUAAUUCCAUCCUGGGAACUUUCCCUGAGCCUCCAGGCUGGUGUAGAUGUUUCUGCUGUCACGGCCCAGGCUCUGCUUCCUAGCACCCACCCCACUGCAUCACCAUUGUUUAUGGGUCCCCUCCCCACUUGAGCAGCAACCAGACCCCAUGCAUCUCUGGGUGCACAGUCAAGGUCGGGUGCACAGUCAAGGUCAGCUGCACUGAACCUAACUGGCCUAGGGGGAUCGGGCAUUGGGAAGGAGGGGCAAGGCCAACGGGCCCUACUCGUUCCUGCCCUCGAGGGCCCAUUGGGCAGGUCAGAGCACGAAGGGCAUGCAAGAAGAUGCAGAUCAUCAGAGAGUGUCCCCUGUCAGCAGCACAGCACUGUCCUCAGAGGCCCGCGGGGUCUGAUGAGCUCUGUGAGUGCGCCUGAGAUUCGAGGCCUGCAUUCAUGGAGGCUCUCUCAGCGCUUCCCCGUCCGCUGCGCUCAUCUCAGUAGCUCAGAGAGGUCAUGGCUCCUCACCAGAAAAUGGUGGCAAAGCUUGGAUUCCAACCCCAACCCCUCUCUCUCCAUCCUGUCUCGCUGCUUGGCCCCGGGAACCAGAAGUUCAUCUCGAUAGGGUCUGCAGAGGUGAUGGUCCUGUUCUGUUGCGG